GCGGGAGUGGACCCCGCUCUAAACGGGUUGUCCAGCGCAUGUGUCAGCAGCGCAACGGAGCACCCACCCGCGCGCAUUAAGGUUGUUGAUCGGUACUGGUUUCUAUAUUUGUAUAUGAUUAUAUAUAUAAUUAUGUGUAGAUUUGAAUUCCGUUCUUCUUUUCCCUUUCCGGUGAGGCGAAGUGCGCGACGAAGCACACAAGCGCGGACGGCGCGUGCCGUCUGCCGUCGCAGCCUCAACUCCUGCUAUUUUCCUACUGCUAUUUUCCUUUCGUGUUGUCUAACGUGGUGUAAUGCGAGGUGACGGCGUCUCUCGAUCGGCGUGCGGGCUACCUGCGGGAGUCGUGAAGAAGCGGCGAAACAGCGCAGGGAGGUGGACAGAGGCGCUCUUGCAUGGGGAGGCUGUCGAACGGAGUUUUGUACGGAGUUGGGGGGCACUACGCAUUGGUGCGUGGUGUGCGGUGGUUUGACUACUGUGUAUGACCAGCGAAAUCCUCGACGCACACUGUACCGCGAGUGCGGCCUAAAAAGAAGAGAACAGAGAAAACAGGGGAAGUGAUAAAGGAAGCCGCUGCUUCUUUUUCUUUUCCCCUUUCACCCGCAUCUGUUGCACAUCACAACGGUUUCUCGAGGUGCCGCACAUGACAAUGGGGAGCUGCUUGCCUGCACUCUCUCGCAUCUGUGUCUCUGUGCUUGAUGUGUGGAAGACACCGUGCUCCUCGUAACCGCGGCGUAACGCAUUACGUGCUUGCACCCUCCGUUCUAUCUCCCUAUGGCCAAACAACAUAGAAGAAAACAACAACAGCAACAAGCAAAAACAAAUGUUGUAGCUGGUGAUGUAUUCCCAUUUUUUCCCCCGUUCUUCUCCAUGAAACGAAUCUCGCUCUCCCCCUCUUGCCUUUCCUCUGUCUUCUCUCAUUCGUUUUCUGCUGUCUGCUGUGCUCCUGCCCGUGUGAACCCUUCCGGGUCAGCUGCACGCACAACGGUCAAGCCCAGUGACGCUUUCUGCUGCUUUUGUCUUCUUGCGUUCGCCCUGUGUACGUCGACACCCACAACAUCUCCCCCCACCACUUCGUUAUUAUUAGUGUUUUCUCCCCCAUUCCCCUCCCCCGCAACGCACGUUCGAGAGAACGCGCGAGAGCGAGCUCAUCGGCCGGGACUUCAUCUUCUUCUUUUCUUCGCUUCCACUUUUGUCGCUGAAACCUCUCCUCCGUGCGACCUGCCUCUCUCCCUUCUCGCUUCGUUGGUGCCUGCCUCGUACCGCCUUCUCCUUCUCCGCCACAUCUCAUUUUUCUUGAUUUUCUUCUUGUCAUCAUCAUUGUUAUCUACGGUAGUGCGAUAUACGUCCGCUUCCUUUCGUCGUGGCACUGACCUUGUCCUCCUUUACGCCUCUUCCUGCCCUUGUGCUCAGUACAUACCUGCCUUCCAGCUCCUUCACAUCGUGUGAGACGGAGGAGGCCACGUCCAAAUACAUACAUACAUACGAGCAUCUCGAAAACAUGGAGGGAGGAAACCCACCUCCGCGGAACCGUCCGCAGCCGCUGGCCAACGACCCUUUUGAUGAGGACGAGAUCGCCAAGAGGGCAAACGACGAGGUCCCUCGUCAGCGCACCGCCUCUGUGGGCCACGGCUUCCAGGUGCAGGGCUCCGUUGCGGACUUCGACCCGGGCACGCUCAAGACGGGCAGCGUGUCGGGCAACUUUGCCCUGCCGAUGUCGUGGCGCAAGCUGAACUACAGCGCUGGCGAGCUGCGGAUUCUGUGCGGGCUGACAGGGACCGCGCUGCCUGGCCGCUGCCUGGCCAUUCUUGGCUCGUCCGGUGCCGGCAAGACGACGUUCCUGAACGCUAUCUGUGAUCGGCUGGCGGAGGACCGACACCUGAAACUGAGCGGCCGUCGACAGCUCGGCGAUGUGGAGUACGAGCGGCACUACCGCAAGGCGAUGGGCUUCGUGGCGCAGGACGACAUCGUCUCGUCGCUGUCGACGCCGUACGAUGCGUUGUGGUUCUCGCUGCGCACGCGUCGUGGCACUGACCGCGCGGAGACGGAGGCGCGUGUGCAGGAGGCGCUGGAGGUGCUGCGCCUGCAACACUGCCGCGACACGAAAAUCGGCAUUCCCGGUCUGGAGGCCGGUCUGUCCGGUGGCGAGCGGAAGCGCUGCAACAUCGGCAUCGAGCUGAUCGUGGACCCGAAGAUUCUGCUGCUGGAUGAGCCGACGUCCGGCUUGGACUCCGUGACGUCCGCAAAGGUCGUGCACCUGCUGCGGCAGCUGUCGCGGAUGGGCCGCACGAUCAUCUACACGAUCCACCAGCCGACUGCGGAGGUGCUGUCCUACUUCGAUGACCUGAUGCUGAUGACGCAGGGCCGCGUUGCGUACCACGGCACGAUGGCUGCCUCGCUGGGCUACUUCGAGUCCAUCGGCUUUCCGUGCCCGGAGAAGUACACGCCGACGGACUACUUCAUGGUGAUGCUGCAGGACCCCGUGACGAGCACGAUCCUGAUCAAGCGGUGGCGCAAGUACCUGAAGAACGGUCCGCGCAGCCCGCACACGGCCGCGGUGCGUCUCGCGAAGAGUCGCAGUGAGUCGAGUGCGGCCAAGUUUCUGGACGCGUACAUCAAGAAGUUUGGCAGCUCGCCUUUUGUGCAGUUCUAUGAGCUGACGCGUCGCAGCGUGAUUGAGAUCUCGCGUGAUCGGCUGUACAUCUUCUCGCUCGCCUCUCAGGCCACAUUUUUUGCCGUUGUGGUGGGCCUGGUGUUCCUUCACGUACGCGACAACGUGGAGGGCAUACAGGAUCGUGAGGGCAUGCUCUUCAUGACGGUGAUGAACCGUGCGAUGGGCUCCACCUUCAUCAUGAUCGACGCCUUCGAACGUGUUCGCGCCGUCUACACACGUGAGCAGCAGGCUGGCGCCUACUCGCCGCUCUUAUACUACGUUGGUCGCAGUCUUGCCGAGUUCCCGCUGCAGAUCUUCUUUAUCUUUGUGGAGUGCGCUAUUCUCUACUGGAUGGUGGGGCUUUACCGCAAGCCUGGCGAGUUCUUCUAUUACUUCGGCGCCAUUUCGAUGGUGUCGCAGGUAGCCAGCGGUCUCGGUUUUGCGAUAUCUUCCAGUUUCCCAUCCCUGUUGAUUGCCGCUGCGAUGGCGCCCCUUAUCCUUCUUCCUCUUGCGAUGGCGGGUGGUCUGUUUGCGAGCACGGAGCGGCUUCGCCCCUACUGGUACUGGCUGGAGAAGCCGUCCUUCAUGCGCCACGGGUACAUCCUGGUGCUUCGAAACGAGCUGAACAAUGUUCGCAACGUGGCCUGCAACAACUACAAUAAAGGUGAUGCCUAUUGCAUCAACCAGGCACGCGAUGGCAAGGUUGUGCUGCGCCUUCUCGGCUUCGACGGCGAUCCACAGUCGACGGACGUGUGGAUGUGGGUGUCGCUGGCCAUCAUGUUCUUCUUGUGCCACAUUAUCAGCGUCAUCGCUCUUUCUAGGGCCGGUCAUGCGAAGACUUAG